AUGUCGCAAACCGGCCAGGAUCUCGCGAGCCAUAUCCUCGAGCAUCCCUCCAUCGGUUGUAUUCAAGGGAUCAGCAAGCUACAGGAAGUGACUCAGUACUUGGGGAUUCAAUAUGCAACCCUCAAAGAUAGGUUCUCGCGAGGCGAGCUGAAGCAGUAUUCCUCAGCAGCUGGUAGUAUACUAGAUGCUACAACAUAUGGACCGAUACCCAUGAGCCCCUCAAAUGGGUGCGAAUGGGAGCACACACUCAUACAACAGUCACUACCUUUUUAUCCUCGACCUCAGUCCGACACGGAAUGCCUCACACUCAACAUUUCGGUCCCAAAGUCCAGUGACAAGACCAACUUGCCCGUGUUGGUUUUUGUGCACGGCGGAGCUUUUGCGACUGGGAGCAGCAGUUAUCCUCAAUACGAUCUUGCUCGGUUCACCGCUCUCAGUGCAAAGAUAGGAAAGCCCAUUGUUGCUGUAAGCAUAAAUUACCGUCUGGGUGCCCCUGGUUUUAUGUAUUCCCCAGAGAUGAGAGAUGCUGGUUAUAAGCCCAACAAUGGCCUUGAUGAUCAGAAACUUGCAUUACGCUGGAUCAAGCAUUUCAUCGGCGGUUUCGGCGGAGACCUGAAUAGAGUAACCUUUAUGGGCGAGAGCGCCGGGGCAGCAUCUAGUUUUUUCCACCUCCACUCUGAAGAGCCUCUAUUUCACCAAAUAGUUGCCAUGAGUGGCUCAUCGCAACAACGUCUGAAGCCACUCGAAGCAUCUGCUGCGUCAUAUCAAUCUGUGGCCAAGGCGCUGGGCGUGGCUGACUUGCCGACAAAGGAAAAGCUGCAAAGAAUAAUUGAAACACCAAUUGAGACCUUUAUGGCCAGUGUCGGGCGCAAGUUUCCGCUGGGACCUCUAGUUGACGAUGAAACUAUACCUACCGUGACGACAUACAAGGCGCUUGGCGACAGUGAAGAGUUCUUGAAGCUCUUCCCUGGUCUGAAGCAUUGCAAGAGGCUGAUGAUGGGAGAUUGUCAAAUGGAUGGUAUGGCAUUUGGUUCACGCUUGGCAGGGCGAUCAGAUGUUCUUCCAAAGACAAUGGAGCAGUGCAUGUCCCAUGUCUUUGAUCCUAUCGAUCGAAACAUUGCUCCAAGUCUUGUCGCAGCUUAUGGAAUCGACAGUAGCGUCGAAUCGAACUCCUUCAAAGCAACUGAGCCGAUUCUUAACUUUGCCAACGACAUUAUGUUCGCUUUACCUACCACAUAUUUCUCGAAGGCCUGGUCACAGUCAUCCAUAUCGGGUACUGACGCUUUCAUCUGUCAUUUCAAUUGCCCGAAUCCUUGGAAUGGGCCAUGGAAGGGCUACGCGACUCACAUUCAAGACAUCGCUUUUGUCCUGCAGAACUACAACGAGCAUCUUUCCAAAGGGCAACGUCUCUGCGCUGAGCGAUAUGCUAGAGACAUCAUCGCUUUUACUAAUGGAGAGCAACCUUGGCCAGCUUACCAAGAGAGUUCGAGCCUAGGAGCGAUGGUUUAUUAUGCCUCGACUGCCGGACAGGAUGAGUCUGGAUAUGCUUGUGAAGGGACUCCACAACAAACAAGGCGAAGGGAUAUCCUGGAGAGAAUUGUUGGAUUGGAACAUUUGGAUAAAGCCGUUGACGUGUGGCAAAUGUUCAUGGCAGGCCCACGAUGA